GAGCUCCGGGGUCUGAGGGAGGAGUGGGAUGGUAACCCUUAUUCUCGGGGUCUGGGUUGGCCCCUGUGGCCCACAGAGAAGAGAAUGUCCUUGGCUUCAGCUGCUUCGUGUACGGGGCACGAGAGAUUUCCACCUCUAGGAGGGGGUCUGCAGUGGUGCCCCCUGGAGUUGUGCAACGCGGCAGCCCUGAGUUGCUUCUUUCCCUACCCCCAUCCCCAUCGGCCUAACACCCACCCUCACACAGUAUGUUCCCGACCCUUAGCAGCAGCCAACCUGAAACCCUCCCUCCGAAGGCCGAGCCGAGGCACUACCCCUAGUGCGGGACUCCGACCCCGCCUGAAUCAGAGGCUGCCAGCGAGCAGCUGGGCUAAUGCUGGCUUUUUAUUUGGGGCGAUGAAGCGACCCAGGUGCUGUUUUGCUAUUGCCAAGCCUGGGCUACAGCCCUAGCGAGAAAACAGGAUUCCAUUGUUGAGGCAUCAGUGUUUCCAUCAUGACAAGAGGUCCUUGCUCUAGCCGCAGAAACAAUUCUAAGGACAUAUGGAAUUGGCUAUGGAUAAUUCAUAUGCUUUCAAUCAACGAAGUACCUGUAAUGGAAUUCCAUCUGAGAAGAAAAACAACUUUCUUGUGUCAGAAGAUCAUGGACAAAAAAUCUUAAGUGUACUACAGAAUUUUAGAGAACAAAAUGUCUUUUAUGAUUUCAAAAUAAUUAUGAAAGAUGAAAUAAUCCCAUGUCAUCGUUGUGUGUUAGCAGCAUGCAGUGACUUUUUCAGGGCUAUGUUUGAAGUAAACAUGAAAGAAAGAGAUGAUGGAAGUGUUACCAUUACUAAUUUGUCCUCCAAAGCAGUAAAAGCAUUUCUCGAUUAUGCCUAUACUGGAAAAACAAAAAUAACAGAUGAUAAUGUGGAAAUGUUCUUCCAGUUGUCAUCAUUUCUUCAAGUUUCCUUCCUAUCCAAAGCUUGCAGUGACUUUUUAAUAAAAAGUAUUAAUCUUGUCAAUUGUUUACAGUUAUUAUCUAUAUCAGAUAGCUAUGGCUCCACCAGUUUGUUUGAUCAUGCAUUACACUUUGUACAACAUCACUUUUCUUUAUUAUUUAAAUCCAGUGAUUUCUUAGAGAUGAAUUUUGGAGUACUACAAAAAUGUCUGGAAUCAGAUGAAUUAAAUGUUCCUGAAGAAGAAAUGGUACUGAAAGUUGUCCUUAGUUGGACUAAACAUAACUUAGAAUCAAGGCAAAAGUAUCUGCCUCAUUUGAUUGAAAAAGUAAGAUUGCAUCAGUUAUCUGAGGAGACACUUCAGGACUGUCUGUUCAACGAAGAGAGUUUACUCAAAAGCACAGACUGUUUUGACAUAAUCAUGGAUGCAAUUAAGUGUGUGCAAGGUUCUGGUGGACUCUUCCCUGAUGCUCGACCAUCCACAACUGAGAAAUAUAUAUUCAUUCACAAAACUGAGGAAAAUGGAGAAAAUCAAUAUACAUUUUGCUAUAAUAUUAAAACUGAUUCAUGGAAAAUACUGCCGCAAUCACACCUGAUUGAUUUGCCAGGAUCUAGUCUUUCGAGUUACGGAGAGAAAAUAUUCUUGACAGGUGGUUGCAAAGGGAAAUGUUGUAGAACGGUUCGACUGCAUAUUGCUGAGUCAUAUCAUGAUGCCACUGAUCAAACCUGGUGCUACUGUCCAGUCAAAAACGAUUUCUUCUUGGUAUCAACUAUGAAAACACCAAGAACCAUGCAUACAUCAGUUAUGGCUCUCGAUAGAUUAUUUGUCAUUGGUGGAAAAACUACAGGAUCCCGGGACAUUAAAAGUCUUUUAGAUGUUGAAUCUUACAAUCCGCUUUCCAAAGAAUGGAUAUCUGUUAGCCCAUUACCCAGAGGCAUAUACUAUCCAGAAGCAAGUGCAUGCCAAAAUGUAAUUUAUGUUCUUGGAUCAGAGGUAGAGAUUACAGAUGCUUUUAACCCAUCACUUGAUUGCUUUUUUAAAUAUAAUGCUACAACUGAUCAGUGGUCUGAACUAGUAGCAGAGUUUGGACAAUUUUUUCAUGCAACAUUAAUUAAAGCUGUACCAGUAAACUGUACACUGUAUAUAUGUGACCUUUCCACCUAUAAGGUUUAUAGUUUUUGUCCAGACACUUGUGUUUGGAAAGGCGAAGGAUCUUUUGAGUGUGCAGGCUUUAAUGCAGGUGCAAUUGGAAUUGAAGAUAAAAUUUAUAUAUUAGGUGGUGAUUAUGCACCAGAUGAAAUCACAGAUGAAGUGCAGGUCUACCACAGCAACAGGUCUGAGUGGGAAGAAGUUUCACCAAUGCCUAGAGCCUUAACAGAAUUUUACUGCCAGGUAAUUCAGUUUAAUAAAUACAGAGACCCAUGGUUUUCUAAUCUAUGUGCUUGAACAUUCUAAAACGAGUCCAGUUCUAGUAACGUAAACUUGUUAACCAAAAUGAUAGGUAAAAAGGUCUAUACAUCUUAAUGGAAUAAAACGUUCCUGCUUUUAGUUAUUAUGUAUGUACACCAUAUAUAAAUAAACAGUUUCCCAAAACUUAAAAUACAAAAUACAUUUUACCAAAAAUUAUAUUGAAUAUAAUUUAACCUUGGGGAAUCCAGAAUACUUAGUAUUUUCACAUGAAACUACAAAUCACAGACUCUGACACUUUAAUUUUUAAAGUACUCCGUCCAUAAAAGAUUUGUACUAUUUAGAUGGGAGAAAUCUCUUGAGAGAGUAAAAAUGAAUUACACUGCAUCUUAUAUGAAGUAAAAAAUAAAUUAGAGGUGAGAAUCUUGUUACUGCGGGUAUGAGUUGUUGAAUUCCUAUCAUUUGUGAUGAUUGGUUAACUUCUUUUAGGUACCCUUUUUCCCCUUUUUUAGUUCAGAAAUAAUUUUCCCAGCUUUAUCAACAGUACACUAAACAUAGUUUAAUUUUUUUAAUGACUCAUUUUUUCAUUAAGAGCAUAAUGUACCAUGUUAUAAUGCCAUUAGCAGUUACUUAAAUGCUUUAAAAAUUGCUGAUUCUAUUAGUUUUCAGUGUCAGUUGGUUUCAAUUUCUAGCUCGUGCUCUCUCUCUCUCUCUCUCUCUCUCUCUGUCUCUCUCUCUCUCUCUCUCUCUCUCUGUCUCUCGUUUUCUGGUUCAAUCUUAGUAAAUUAACAUUCUGGAUUUAAUUAGUAGUUCUAAGUUACACCUGGCCUGAGUUUAUGUUAGCAUGUAACCCUCAAUGGGAAAUUUUUGGAUUCUGGGAUGUUAGUACUAAAAUACUUUUUAUGUAUCACUGCUAGAUUCCAGCCUAAUUGAGGACAUAGAAAAUUGACCUCUAAUUAAGUGGAUCAUUAUUAUUGCAUUUCUUAAGCUUUGUCUAAAUUUGAGCUACAUAAAACAUUUUAGGAUUUAAAUUAGUACCAUAUCAAUUUUCUGUGAUGAUGUAUACCAACUAUAAAGCACCUUGUUGGUUUACUACUUCAGUAAAUUAUUCUCAGUGAAUUACUUUCUAAAUUUAAAAAAAAAAUGACUUGGCUAUUGGUAUUGAUAAUAGUAUUCACAACCUGCAUCUGUUAAGAUGUUUGAUCUUUAACCCAAACAGUGUAAGAGUACUGUUGUCAUUGUUCUCAGGUAGGUGAUUCUGCCUUCCAAGAAUAUAUGUUUCUUUAAUCAGUUUAAAAGAUAAAAGGCAUUUUGGGUUUUAAGACCCCUGCUUUACAUCUCAGGUAAUGUGUAGAUUGUAUUUCUCUGGAACCAAAUGUAGUUUUCUACACUCAGUUGUAAAUGUUAAUCUUUCUCAAAUGUGCACAUUCUUUAAAAGUGUGUUCCUAAGUAGAAAUAUACUUAAAUGAAGAUUCUCUUAUUUUAUCAUAUAAAUUUAUGCAACAAUAAGUUCCAAAUGUAUUUUUCAAAAUGGAAUGGAAUAUUAGAGUACAUUUUCAUGAAGUUUAAAAAUCAAGGAAUGUUCCUGAUUAGAUGACAUAUUUAUAAGGAGUAUUCUGUAAAAUUGGUGGCCUUCCUAUCUAAGCACAUGAGUAGUUAGCUCUGUACUUUGCGUGUUUAAAAAAAUGGAAAAUUCAGUGGAGGCUUUUGUUUGUGUGGCUUUGAAAACAAAUUAUUUGAGAAAGACCAUAACACAGUGAAUAACCUAUAUGUGGAUUUACUGAACUGUUAAUUUAAGCAUAUAUAUUAAUAGAGUAUGUUUAAAAUAAAUAUUGUUUUCAUCACUGACUUUAGGAAUUGUUCAUCUAUUUCAGAAAGGAGAAACCCAAAAUCAGAUCCCUUUUUGAUAUUGCUUCAUUGUUCUAUCAUCUUCUUGAUUUCCACUACUGUUCUGAUUGGCCUUUGCUUUAUGCUAAUGUUUCCAGAAACAUUCUUGUUAUCAAAGCCUAGGUGGCUCCCUCUGCAUUUGAUUUAAUACAUUUUCUAAUGCAGAAGGUUUUCUGCCCUAGUUUUUUUUUUUUUUUAAUAAUUACUGUGGGUUACUUUUUAAUCAUUUUCACUGAUUGCCAUCCCUUUACAUCUGUACCUUUGUUCUCUCCACCAAUUAUCACUGCAAGGAAAAUACUCUGUCUAAUCAAAAAACCUCCAACUCUUUGCAUACUGUUUUUUUUCCUGGUCACCAUAGCAAUCUGUGCUAGACUCCACUCCACUAACUCCUCUCCUUUCAUAUUUUGCCUCUCCUUAUAAAGAUAGCACUUUCAUUUGAUCUGUCUGCCUUAUUGGAGAACGGUUUUGUGUCUUCAAAGUCCUCAAGGAACUCAACCACACAGGAGCAAUGACUACACUCUGGUUAUAUCCUCUGGUCUUGUUAAUGACUGUGGCUUCACUGUCUAAGAACCAUAUAUAUUAUUCUGACUUCACCUUCCUUUCUGGAUUUCUGACCUGCAAAUCUCAGUGAUCCAUCCAGUCUAUUCUCAGUACCUCCAGAAGGAGCUGUUUUUUCUGUCUGUGAGGUUAGGUAAGAGAAAAUAACAUCCUUUUAUGGGCUCUUAGUCUUUUUUAAAGUCUGUUUUCCUUUCAUUAUAUCCUUCAGCCAGUGCUACAGUGUAAGAGACAAAAUAAUGCUCAUUAUCCGGAUUGCUAUCAUUCCUGUGGAAAAAUUCUAUUUAACAUUUCUAAAUCCAUUACCAUUUGUCUUGCUCCACUACAUUUGCAUUAUGCAUGCCAAAAAUAUUUUAAUAUUGUAAUGUCUUCUAAAAUUGAAAAGUAGGUAUAUGGCAUUAUUAAAUACAAAAUAGAGUAUAUUUAACACAUGAGAUCCAUUCAAAGUUAAUGGACAUUCCUAAAAUGUGGAGAACCUUUUGUUCAUCUACACCCUUUGAAACUAAGUAGUAUGAGGAAUAUUUACAUAAUCAAAGCUAACUAUUUUCCCAUAAUCAGCUCUGGUCUGGGGAGUGAAGGAGGUCGUUAUCACAGCAAUAUUCAUUACAUGCUACCCUUGAAAGCUGGAUUAGUAUUCAAGAGCGACCACAUGCUGCAAUAUGAUUCCAUAUUUCUCAGAUACCAAGAAGAGCAAUUGAAUAUAUGUUCAGUAUGCUUAUUAGCUCAAGGUAUACCAUUUGAAAAUCAGAAUUAAGCGCAGAGGGAUACAUCUGUUUACAUUUUGAGAUUUGAAUGUAAUAAAUAUUAUAAUGUCAUGAUGAGUUGAAUAUAUAAUGUAACUUUAAGAUCAUCAUGCUCAGUUUAAUUGGAUCUAGUGUUGUGGAAACUCUUAUUUAGAAUUGAAAGUAUAAAUCUCAAAAAUGUUCUCUGAGGGGGGCAGCUCUGAAUGGCAACCUAAACAUAAAGGCUGAAAAUUAUAGGGAGCGUAUUUCUGUCCAGUGUAAGAAACAACUUUAUAGUCAUACUUUAGAAUGAAACCAGUUACCCAAAACUGUGGCAUAUGGAAGAUCAUUAGCUCAAUAAUUUCCUAUAUGAAAGAGCAUGACCAAAGAUUUCUACAUUCUAUUACACAUCUCAAUCUCCAUCAUUUCUGAUAUAUGUUUUCUCCUCCAACUUAUUUAGCAUUUUAGGCAUUGUGAAUAACUUGAUUCAGUGGUUCUUGAUACUCACGAUUUUUCAAUAGAAACUGAGUCUUAAAACUACACCAUUUUUGGAACUAUAUAUUUAUUCAAGAUAAAUUUUUUAAUUAGGAAAAUUUGUAAAUGGUGCUGACAUUUACAGUGAGCUGCUAGUUGGGAUUUUUCCUUUGAUUUGCCAUAGAGGUAUGUUCAUUUUAUAAUGAGUAGAAACUCAAAGAUCAGUACCUACAAUUUUCUCCUAAAUUAUUAUUUUUCUGCAUAGUAUUUAUACUGGCAAAGGUAGUAAUUUUACUUAAAUAUUAUAUAAUGUGAAAGAAUAUGUCUUAAACAUCUAGAUGUGUUUAUAAAAUAUAUUCAAUGACUGAUGCUUGAUCAAAUUUAAUGUCAAAAUGGGGAAUUCAAUCACAGGGAAAUACUAUUAUACAUAUACCAAAAGAUAACUCUUCUAAAUCAUAGACUCAUUCAAAUUUGAAAAUAACCUUGGAAGCUAAUGCAGCUUCCAAGCCUGCUAUAGAAAUUUCCUUUAAAUUGUAAAACACUCUGACAUGCAAUUUUUGUUUUUUCAAUUUCUAAAUUGGUGUUUUCAGUGGUAAAGAAUCACUAUCUCCACGUUUGAACAGUUCUAAUAGAAAAUUCUUCCUAACACUGAAAACAAGUCUGCCUCCCUGUAAUAACUUCCAGGCCUUGGUCCUAGGUCGCUAUCUUCACAUGCCAGUCAUUUAAGUAUUUGAACCAGUACCAUGUCUUCCAUUCCUCCAAAAUCAAGACCUCAUUUUUAUUCUUGUUCAAAUGCUUGGCACUUUAACAUCUCCCACAAUAGCUGAUGUUAUGUAUCUUCUUGUACAAUUACCUCAGACAAUCUAUCCUACCUAGCUCUAUUGAUUUUAUGGUGGAUUGAGCCUGACCAGUGUUGCAGAAUCUGUUUCUUGUAUGGACUUUGCCUCCCUGUCUGUUCUCAGUGUGCUUGAUAAUUCAGACAUGUCAUUCCCUCAUUUAGCUCUUUAAAUCUUAUAUAUCCCAUUUGGACUGGAGUCCUGCUGUGUCUCCCUUCUCCUACUCAUGCCCAUCAACAUAAUCACAACCAUAUUUUCUGGGAGAGGAAUUAUGAAGCCAAAUGUUAUUAAGUCAAACAAUUUGUCAUUAGAUAUGGUUUGAAGACUUUUAAAAACACUAAAGAAAACUCCAGAAACUCUACAAAAAAUAGAAACCAAAGCAGUCACACCCUUGGUGGUGAAUGAGAGGACAAUAGGCUCACAAAUCAAUACUGACCAGCCUUAUGACAAUAACAAUCUAAAUUUGGAGAUUUGUGCAGCUAGUCCAUUUGGAUAGAGCAUGAUAUUUUCAUAAAACAAGACUAUAAUUAAAUAAGUCUAUGAGUCAGAUAGUGUUGUUCAUCUCACUAACUUUGACAUUCCCAACCAUAAAAGUCUAACUAGCUCAACAAAUUGUGCUGAUGGUCUCAAGGGUAACAAAAUUGCUGAAAUAACUCAGAGUACAGUCCUCCAUUAAUGAGUAUCGUAUUGUAGUAUAAAUAUUUCUUUAUAUGUCUGUCUUCCUCAUUUAACUAGAAACUCUUAGGGAUAAGGACACAUCUUCAGCAUUUCUGGGCCCAGCAGUUGGCAGAGUGCCUGUCAUAUAAUAAAGCAUCCAAUAAGCUGAUAGUAUAUUGACCCAAUAUGUGAAGCAAGAUAUAUUUUAGUUGUUUCUGAAUCAGUUUGGUAUAUCUGUAUUUUUUUUUUUUACUUAUUUUCAUAUGAAAAGGAAAUUAUUUUGAUUUAUGUUAGAAUUUCACAUUUUAGAAUGCUACCACAUUGUACUUUCUUAAUGUACAUGUUAAUUUUUUUGUAAUAUUAAUCUUGCUUAUGUUCAAAGUCUCUGAGAAAAUUGGUUUAGGUAGUUUAUACAACUUUAGUUGUUGUAGUACAAUAACUGGAAAAGUUAAUCAAAAGCAUUUUUUUAGAGUGAAAUUGCAUUAUACAAGUACAUUGCCAAUCUUUGGAGAUCAUGUAUAUAUUAUAAUUGACUGUAUAGUUAUGUAUGUAUUGUUGGGUCUUGAAAGUGAAAUUAUAGAUUCAAAGUCAUUUAUCCACUUAAUUUUUUAAUGCUUGGGGAGUAUUCGUUUUCAGUGAAUUUUCAUUAUAAUAUUUAAUUCUCUGUUUCUUUUCAAAGGCAAUAAUGGAUAAAACUAUGAUUGCAAAUUUCCCAUUUCUCCUACAGAGCAUAAUAGUGUCAACGACCUUUUUCCCACUCAGGCAGGGGAGUAGUGCCCAAAGCUAUUUACAUUGCACACACAACUUACUUCAUUUCUCUGUUAGUGGAAUGUGGGCUUUUGCAUAUGUUAUGAGAACUAAAAUUAGCAUUUUUGAGGUCCAUGUUAACCAUAUUAACAUGUAGUAAAACAUUUCAAUUCUAUAAAAUAAUUUAUUACAAUGUAUCUCAGAAAAAUAUAUAUAGUCUGUAUUUAUUAUUACAAAUAAAAGAAGUGGAGAAAGGUGAAUGCCAGGAUUCUCAUUUUCUUGCUGCUCCUUUCCCAGGUGUUCUGGGUUUCUGGGUGGCUUUAAUGGUCUCAGGAGUACUAAAAGUGUGGUGGUGAAGGUGGAGGAUUAUCAAAAGGGGCUUCUGUAGCUGGGGUAUGUCCAGCAACAUAGAUUUCAAGGUGGAAAACUAGGUCUGAAAUGAAUAUAGUGACAACCAGUCUUCAGGUGAGUCAUAGAUGGAGAGAGAUCUCCAGGUCCUGACAGCUAAGAAGAACGGGCCAAAUGUCCAUGGGCUGCAGAUGACAGUAGCAGAAGUUAGUCAAAUCUGCAGGGCCAGGAACUUCCCAACCCUGCCUCACUGGACACUAGGCAUACCAUGAACCUAUCUACUUCAUAUGCCCAGAUACUCACGGGAGGAGCUAGUGAAGGAGCCAAAGUUUGAGAGACUAAGUAGUACCACAAAAGGGCUUUUAAUGUGUUUGCAUUGGACAGAUGCUCUCUUAAUUCCAGUUCCUGUAAUUUUUUCUCAUUUCUGGACAGGGCCAUUUUCUAUCAUGUGUCUGGUUUUCCUCUGCAAUGAGCUGUGAUUUCUAAGUGAUAUUGACUCCCAAGUCCUUCCUACAGACUAUGGCACAGGUUGCAACAGAUUUCCCCCUUGGGAACCCAACCCUUGAAAAGUGAACUCUGUCCCCAUCUCACAUGACUGCAUAAGGCCACUUGCCUUCUCCAAAUUUCUGAAGAGCUCUGAUGCUUACUUGUUAGUCCUUGUUCCAAUCGUAUCACUCCAGACUUCUUAAUACCUCCAAUCUUCAAUGUGCCUCCAACUUUCUGCAGGUCACUUUGCUUUCAAACAUAGACCCAUUCCUUCUUUUCAAUCCCCCAGACAGAAGCCAUUAACAGAGUUUAUUUUAAAACUUAAGAAUAUCAUAGGGAAUUGGCCUGCCACGUUGUUGGAGAUGUUCUCCUCAAAUCAAGGUCUCCUCUCUGAGUUAACAUGUUAAUACUCACAGGCCCUGAUUGACGCUUUCCUUUUAAGUCAUUAAACAGAAUGGUUAAUCAUUGCAGUCCGACACAUUGGCAUUUGAAGUGCUUUCCCAAAAUUCUGAACCCAUCUGAAUUAGUCCUUUUCCUCCCACUCAGUAGAGAAAAGGACAGAAGCCCCUCAAUGACAAAUCUCAGUCUCCAUUCUUACAAAAAAUUGUGAAAAGCAUUUAAAAUAGCAGUUUGUCCCCUUUCCAGUCAACAAGAGUUAGGUAAUAUUGGGCUACAGGCUCUUAUCUAUUUAGAAUGUAAGUAACAAAAUAAGUUUUGUUGAAAACUGUUUGUAAUUAUUUAGCUAAUAUACAGAUUUUAACUGAUUUCUACGUAUAUUUUCCAGUGAAAAUAACUCUAAAAAUGUAAUAUUCUUUCCAUUAUGGAUGCAAAAAGCUUCAAAAUGUUUAUAAAGUGUUUUGAGGUUUUUGAAACUAAUUCAGCAUAUUGAAUUUUGAGGCAAUGUGGCACUAGACCAGUCUGCAUAAUGAACAUUAAUUAUUUAAAACUGAAGAUUUUAUUACUGCUUUUUAUAAAACCCAUGCUAUAGUGACUGUGCUUAUUAAAUUUUACAAUUUUAAAGACUUUUAUAAAGCUUAAUGAGCCUAAACCUAAGAUAGCCAACUUAAUAAUAUUCAUGAAACACAAGAAAUUUGUGGGAGCUAUCUUAAAAUAUAAUUUAGGCAUAAAUAUUAAAUACUGUCCUAGUAUUUACAGUGUUAGAUUUUGCUGCACCUGAUAAUAAAUAUUUUUGCAUUUCUUCUAAGUUUAGGGCUUGCUUAACUUGAUUUUGCUCUGAUGGUAAUUGGUGAAUCUUCCAUGGGAAGUUAAUUACCCUUUCCUAACCCUGACCAAAAUGUGUGCUGUAAAAUGAGUUUAAAUUUUUUAAUCAAGAAAAGCCUUUCCCUGUGGGCUUUUCAGAUUUAAAAAUCCAAUUAGCCUUAAUGUUUUUCCUUUUAGAGAUUAACCACCCUUUUAUGUUAUGAAACAUUAAUUGGAAUUCAAACUAUUUAUAGCUCCUUUUAAAACAACCUUUUAACAAAUCAGUAAAUUUUGUGUUUCUUUUACAGACAGUAUUCACCUUUGAAUUCAGUAUUCCUGAAGGAGUAAAAUAUUACCACAGUAUUCUUCCAUUUAAUUUCUUUUACAAGAACCAAUUAAUAUGCACCCUUGUUUCUAAGAAUUUUUAUAAAUAAAACUAUUCAAUAGUUUAAAAUAAAGCAUCUACAUUUCUUUCAUUGAUAAAUGAAAUAUUGAAGCUCCAACCAAUACUUCUGUGAAUGUCUACCAUGCAUGCACUGUGUUAGGCAGUGCUCCUCAGACUUGCUUCAAAAAUAAAUCAUCUAGGACAGGCACGGUGGCUCACUCCUGUAAUCCCAAUCCUUUGGGAG